GGCACGCCAGUCAGUCGGUUUUUGUCCAUCGUGCGGUGCGGUGCGCGGCGACUUGACGCCGCGAGGGAGCGACUGAACGGUAGAUUUUACGCAAUUUUUACGCGAUCGGGCACGCACAGUGAAACGAAAAUCCGUUUGUCAAGCGAACGUUCGUACAUUCGUCCGGUGAUCUCGUGCCGCGACGACGCCCGCGACCCGUGUCGGGCGCGCAUUCCCGAUUCGGAAGGAAGGAAGGAAGACACAAGUCGCGUUUCUCGCUCCAUCUCUUUCUCACCGCGGGAACGGGGGGAGGGGGGAGGAAGAAGCGCACCUCGUGGGCCCGUGCGGCGGAUCGUGGCCGCGAGAGACCGGAGGCGCGCGGUCGGCCAUUGUGCUCUCUCUCGUCGUGUCGCCGAUACGACCGCGCGUUAUCUGUCACCCUCUGACUCCCCGGAGUGCCCAGUGUCGGCUUAUAACGGGUGAACCUGCGAGAGGGACGUGUUACGCGCGCCGCAGCUCGCCGCCGGCUAUCCACUGUCGGAGCUACGUCGCCGCCGACUGAGUCGUCGUCGUUAUCGUCAUCCUCAUCGUUAUCAUCGGCAUCACAUCGUCGUCGUCUAUCGGCGCCUUCGUCCGCGGUCAGCCAGCGCUAGAGGAUGCGCGUGCACGGGAGCGAGUCCGCGAGGCGGUGCGCGCGAGUAACGCGCCGGUGAACGCGCGAAGAAAUGAAAUGCGCGGGGAGGAGAGCCAUUAGGAAUCCGCCGUUCUCGACGAAUGUCAUUCACCCUGCGUGUGCACCGUAAGAAGAAGAAAAAAAAGGAGAAAAAAAAGAGAAGAAGAAGAAGAAGAAGAAGCAUCGCCGCGGAAGAAGAUCGAGCGAAGAAAACUACCGAGGCAAGGAGGCUGCGCCGAUCGCAAGAACGCGCUGAUCCCUAUUCCGAGGCGUUUCUCUCCCGGGAGUCGAAUCGGAUCCCAAAUGAGUCCAGCCUGUCGAUCGAUCGAACGGACAACCGUUUGACGCAGCAUCGAGGUUUCCUGGGUCGCGGUGGUUCCGUAUCGAGACACGUAUCGGAGAAGAUACGCGGAUCCGCGCUCGUCGAUCCUCGGGAAAAGGGGACCGUUCGUGGACCGCGGUGGUGCCCGCAGGAGAACGCAGAUGGGAGUUUGUCUGAUAGGAGUUCCAUCAACCUCGUGUGACAAGAAUCGAACGUAUUCCCCGCGAUCGACUUCACGACCGCCGCCGCGUCCCCCGCCGACAUCGCCGUCGACCACGAAGCCUCUUCUUCUUCUCCCACCCGAUUCGGUCGCGCAAAUCCGAUCAAGCUGGAAUUGAUGGAGUUGGAGAACAUCGUGGCGAACACCGUGUACCUGAAAGCGAGAGAAGGUGGUAGUGACAGCAACAAGGGAAAGAGUAAGAAAUGGCGGAAGAUACUUCAGUUCCCACACAUUUCCCAGUGCAUUGGCCUAAAAGAUAAACUGGACAUCAGGUAUGGCUAUGUGGUGGACCAGCAGCCGAUCGGGCGGCUGCUCUUUCGACAAUUCUGUCAGGACAAGAAGCCGGCCUACCACCGCUACAACCUCUUCCUGGACUCGAUCGAGAAGUACGAGAUUGAGCUGGACGAGAACCGCAUCGAUCUUGCGAAAGAGCUGUUCGAGCAGUACCUGAAGCGGGAGGGUUCGGAGGUGGUCGACAUCCUGAACGAUUCCCUGAUCUCGCAGUGUGAGGAGCGACUCAGCAGCGGCGGCAAGGAGCUCUUCACCGAGGUCGCGCAGACCGUGAAGAACUUCCUGGCCGGCGAGCCGUUCUCAUCCUUCCUCAGUAGCUUCUACUUCUACAGGUAUCUCCAAUGGAAAUGGCUGGAGGCGCAACCGGUGACGUACAAGACUUUCCGGAUGUACCGGGUGCUGGGCAAGGGCGGCUUCGGCGAGGUCUGCGCCUGCCAGGUCCGCGCAACCGGUAAGAUGUACGCGUGCAAGAAACUGGAGAAGAAGCGCAUCAAGAAGCGGAAAGGCGAGUCGAUGGUACUGAUCGAGAAGAACAUCCUGCAGAAGAUCAAUUCCAAAUUUGUCGUCUCGCUCGCGUACGCGUACGAGACGAAGGACGCGCUCUGUCUCGUGCUGACGAUCAUGAACGGCGGCGAUCUCAAGUUUCACAUUUACAAUAUGGGCUGUGAGCCGGGCUUCGACAUAAAUCGCGCCCGAUUCUACGCGGCCGAGGUCGUGUGCGGUCUGGAGCAUCUUCAUCUUCAGGGUAUCGUCUACAGGGACUGUAAGCCAGAGAACAUACUGCUGGACGAUCACGGUCACGUGAGGAUAUCUGAUCUUGGUCUCGCGGUGGAGAUUACGGAGGGCGACAUGGUGCGCGGUAGGGUCGGCACGGUGGGUUAUAUGGCACCUGAGGUGAUCGACAACGAGAAGUACACCUUCUCGCCAGACUGGUUCAGCUUCGGCUGUCUGCUAUAUGAGAUGAUUGAAGGCCAGGCGCCGUUCCGUGUUCGCAAAGAGAAGGUCAAGCGCGAGGAAGUCGACAGACGCGUCAAGGAGGAUCAGGAGAGGUACUCGACCAAGUUCAGCGAGGACGCCAAGAGUCUGUGUCAGCAGCUGUUGAAGAAGAGCCCGAAGAACAGGCUCGGCUGCAAGUGCGGGCGGCAUGGGGCGAAGGAGGUGAAGCUCCAUAGUUUCUUUCAAUGCCUGAACUGGAAGAGGCUCGAGGCCGGUAUGUGGGAACCGCCGUUUGUGCCGGAUCCUCACGCGGUUUACGCUAAAGAUGUUCUGGACAUUGAGCAAUUCUCCACGGUGAAAGGUGUCAAUUUGGACGCCACGGACGACACCUUCUACAGCAAGUUUAACACUGGCAGUGUGUCCAUUCCAUGGCAAAAUGAGAUGAUAGAGACUGAGUGUUUUAAGGAACUGAACGUAUUAGGUCCUAAUAACACGCCCACCCCAGACUUAUUGAUAAACCAUACACCGCCCAAUAAUGAUGACAGAGGUUGCUUUCCUUUCCGGAGAAAGAGAAAGCAGAGCGAUCGCACGAGGCAGAUCCCGCUGUCGGAGUGCCAUUUGCUAGAGCUGUCGCAAACGCAGAGCUCGGAGAUGCCAGCCAGCUGAUCCACGGUGAACAAGAAUAACAGUCUGAAUCGAUUGACGUCGUCGCCAUUUCGACGUAGCCGCCAUCCUGACGUUGCUGACAGCGCGCGUCCGAGUACCGCUGGUUGCGGCUGCUGCAUUAAGAGCAAGCCGAUCUCAUUCUGUCUCUCGGUGGCAUCCGAAACCACGGUAACUGUCCCCGAAAGCGCCUGUACGGUUUGCAUAAUAAGAAAUCGCAACAACUGCGGGUCCGAGGCGUCCUCUCAGGUUUAUUGGAGCGAGAUCAAAGAUCUGUUCCAGGAUAAAACGUGCGUUCGCGCGAUUCUACGCGCGCGCGUACAGCUACGCAUACGCGGCAAGCAAACGCGACACGCAGAAACCAGACGCAUCGUAUGUUUCUGUCAAAUUCGAAUGACACGUUCGUUACCAAAUAUAUUUUCCUCGAGCUCGAACGAGGGGACACUCGACGUGCACUUUUGCACGUCCAUCAACGUGUAUCGACGUGUUUUAUCGAGCUUCGAUGUGUCCCGAUUCACGAGUCGCGGGCGAGAGAAAAUUUAGGGCGAUAUGUAGAUAGACGAUUGUGUCACUCACAGCGCGAUUAUGUGGCACAUGUAAUAUUCUGAAUGCGAACGGAAAUUCGAUUUUCAGAAUGUGUGUAGCCAACAUGGCAUUUUAUUUCUCGUUAACUAUGAAAUGGCGCACAAAGUCUUCAAUCUCAAGUUUCGGCCUUAUUUUAAGUUGAGACGAACAAGUACAUUUAGGUAUAUCAAUGGAUGUGCAAUUAUUUGCAAUUACUUCUUCGACGUACUUAUGAAUCUUUUUAAAAUUUUUGAGGAUACGUAUAUCGAUGUCGAUCAUGGAUGAUAGUGAUGGAGAGGAGUGUAUGGUUGGAUGUAACGAUGGUAUGUGGAGGAUGCGUCCCCAAAAAUACCAGGCGACUCUCUGCGAGUCGCGAUGGUGCCACUCCACUAUAUGACCGCCUAACUCUUGUCGUCCGAUGAGAUCGUCGGUGAGAGUGUCGAUCAGGGCAAUGAAUAUUGCUGUCGAAUUUGUUUAUAUAUUUACGUCGGCGCGGUCGAGCGCUCGCGAGAAAACGGCUAAUGGCUAAUCUGAAGAGCUACGUCUAAGAGCGCGACGAGCGAAUUAGUAGCGAGGUAUAUUGAUGCUCGUUAUUGGCCGUUAACCUUGUCUCUUUAUUAUAUAUACACGAGUCUGUUUUCUUUAUUUAUUAUUCUAAGAUUAAAUUUUUAGUUUUAUCAAUUAAUGCAAAGCUGUGAACCCAAAAGGCGCGCAUUUCAAUAAUCGAAUCUCAAAAUGGUCAGUCUCACAGCUCUGUAAAAGUAAUUACUUUUUAUAAUGAUUACUGAAAUAAUCAAGGCUUAAUUUACGAGGAUCGAAAAUAGUUGAACAGUGUGGGUCAAAAUGUCUCUUAAAUAAGUGUCAAGCAAAAUUAUUAUUUCCGAACGUGUUUCAUAUAUUUUCUUUUUGAUAUGAUUGAAUUUUUUUCUUAUAUUAAAUACA